GCACUAACAAUUGUGUAAUCUUAACAAAAUCAGAGCUCUUGGGAGAAAGCUCAAAUUUCUCAGAAUCAAAGCAGCUCAUAUCUUGUGAAGGUUCCCUUGAGAAUGGAUAUCAGCUCAGGAGAUGAUUCGGAUAUAAGUGAAUCUGAAAUGGAAGAGUAUGAAGAUAAAUCAUAUGAAAAACUAAAGAAUGGGAAGUACACGGUCAUGGUUUCGGAUGAAACUUAUACUUGCCCGUAUUGUCCCAAGAGUAAUAAGCAAAAGUACCGAUACAAGGAUCUCCUUCAGCAUGCUUCUGGUGUGGGAAAUAGUAGUUCUGCAAAAAGAAAACCACGAGUGAAAGCCAAUCACCUAGCUUUGGCGAGGUAUUUGGAAACAGAUCUUGUGCCUGUGGUUAGUUCACCAAAACCUGUUGUUGAAGAGGAUCCUCCUAGUGGAUGUGACCAUGAUGAGAAAAUUGUUUGGCCGUGUACUGGAAUUGUGGUUAAUAUUCCUACUCGAAGGUCCGCGGAUGGGCGAUCUGUAGGAGAAAGUGGAUCCAAGUUGAGGGAUGAGUUGAUCAGGAGAGGGUUCAACCCCGUAAGAGUUCACCCCCUUUGGAAUUUCCGUGGUCAUUCUGGGACUGCUGUUGUGGAAUUCCGUAAAGGCUGGCCAGGGCUACAUAAUGCCUUGUCGUUUGAGAAGGCUUACGAGGCAGAUCACCAUGGGAAAAAGGACUGGGGUGCUAAUGAUGAUGUUAAGCAUGGUCUUUAUGCUUGGGUUGCCCGUGCUGAUGACUACAAUGCGAGUGGUAUUAUUGGAGACCAUUUACGCAAGAUUGGUGACCUUAAGACCAUUUCCGAGCUCAUGGAGGAAGAAGCCAGGAAACAAGAUAGGCUUGUAUCAAAUUUGACAAAUAUCAUCGAGACUAAAACCAAACACAUAAAAGAACUGGAAGCAAUAUGUUCUGAAACUUCCAAGUCCCUUGAGGUUUUAAUGGAGGAAAAGGAAAACCUUCUUCAAGCAUAUAAUGAAGAGAUUAAAAAGAUUCAACUAAGUGCAAGGGAACACUUCCAGAAGAUUUCUAGUGACCACGAAAAGCUUAAGUCACAGCUAGAAACUCAUAAAAAGGAACUGGAAUUGCGUGGAGUUGAACUUGAAAAGCGAGAGGCACUCAAUGAAACUGAAAGAAAAAAGUUAGCUGAGGAGCUUGAACAGAAUGCUGUUCAAAAUAGUUCAUUACAAAUGGCUGCUUUGGAGCAAAAAAGGGCUGAUGAAAAUGUAAUGAAAUUGGCUGAAGAUCAGAAGAGGCAAAAGGAGGAACUUCACAAUAGGAUAAUUCAACUGGAGAAACAAUUAGACCAAAAACAGGCAUUAGAACUGGAAAUCGAGCAACUGAGAGGUUCGUUGAAUGUAAUUAGGCACAUGGGAGAUGAAGAUGAUAAAGAAGUAUUGCAAAAGAUAGAGGCGAGUCUUAAGGAUUUGAGAGAAAAGGAGGGAGAGCUUGAAGAUUUAGAAGCACUGAACCAAACUCUUAUUGUAAGCGAACGUAAGAGCAAUGAUGAGCUGCAGGAUGCUCGCAAAGAAUUGAUUAAUGGAUUAAAAGAAAUAUCAAGGCGUGCAAAUAUCGGCGUUAAGAGAAUGGGGGAACUUGAUGGUAAACCGUUCCUUGAAGCAAUGAAGAGAAGAUAUAAUGAGGAACUAGCUGAGGAGAGAGCUUCGGAAAUGUGCUCAUUGUGGGAGGAAUAUCUGAAGGAUCCGGACUGGCAUCCUUUCAAACGCAUUAAACUUGAGGGAGGAGAAGAGUAUCAGGAAGUGAUUGAUGAUGAAGACGAAAAGUUAAGAGAUUUGAAAGCUGAGAUGGGCAAUGAAGCAUACAAGUCUGUCACUUUGGCCAUAAAAGAAAUAAACGAAUACAAUCCAAGUGGAAGGUACGUAAUUUCCGAGUUGUGGAACUACAGAGAAGGAAGAAAGGCAAGCCUGAAAGAAGGUGUCGAAUUCUUACUGGAACUGUGGGAAACCGUUAAACGCAGACGAGGAAUGACCUGAAAGGAUGCUAACUCAUUAUUCAGGAAAUAAUUUCCCGACUACCUAAAGACUGAAUGCAUGUUCGGAAUAUCGGAUUCGUAAGUAUUGCAUGAAUUCCAUGUUAAAUAAAUUUUCAGCUCCCAGCCCAUGGUAGAAUAUACCUUAGUGGGAAGAAACUGCAUUGAUUUUAACAUGUUGAAUUCAAGCUCAUGAAUAUGGUAUAAAAGACCUUUGAGAACUUUUCUGAGUC